AUUUUUCGUGAGAAUGAGAUCUCCCACCUUGUUUCUUCUUCUGCUCCUAGUGCCCCUGGCACUAUGCCAUGUCUUCUCGGAGCCCGCGGAUUUGGAGCUCAAAAGCUACCAAGCGCUUGAAAAAAGCCUCAAGGAGAUGGGACUCAUUCGAGCCAACCAGGGACCUCAAAAAGCGUGCGGACGAUCAAUGAUGAUGAAGGUGCAGAAGCUUUGCGCGGGCGGAUGCACAAUUCAGAACGACGAUCUUACCAUCAAAUCCUGCAGUACUGGGUACACCGAUGCCGGCUUCAUCUCGGCCUGCUGCCCAUCUGGCUUCGUUUUCUAAAGAUCUCUUUUUUUUUAUCUCACAAACUUUAUCCCUAUACCUCUCUUUUGCUUUUUCUUUACAGACGCACAAAAACUCCUUAAUUUAAUUUUCUUGGUUUACUGUAUCCACUACCAUUAUGAGACACCUUUGUUAAUAAAAAAACACAAAAAC